CCAUAUUCCUGUCCGCCCAUUGGAUGGCGGUCUGUGACGUCAUGUGACCGGGCUUCUUUUUUAAAAAGACGGCGGGAAGCGCGAGCGUUAUUAGUGCAGGUCCGCGAGAGCGAUGGUCCGAACUAAAGCCGAUGCCGUCCCCGGCGCUUACCGGAAAGCUGUUGCCGCUUCUGCGCCACGGAAGUCACUCGGCGCGUCCGGAUCCAUGAACGCGCACAGCAGCGGCGCGCAGUCGGGCACGCCUGCUAAGGGCAAGUACGCGGGGGGUAACCCUGUGUGUCCGCGGCCCACACCCCCCUGGCAGAAGGGCAUCGGGGACUUCUUCGGGGGUCCCAGCCGGAAGCUGGAGAAGGAGAACCUUCAUCCCGUGUCUGAUGAUGAUGAUGAUGAGGAGGCGGGCGGCAGUGGCGUCACUAAAGCACCCAGGAAGGCCAAACCAAUCAUUGAUGACGAGGAGGAGGAAUAAUUCAUGAAGCCGUUUACGUUUCAUUCACACGUGGUUUUUAGUGUAAAUCUUCUGUAAAUACUUUUAAUAGGAUGUUGUGUUUGUCUUGUACAGAUUAAUAAA